AUGUCUCGACUCCGAACUGGUCGUCUCCCCCAGUUAGAUCCGCAUCCAGUCGUUGCGCGUCUCAAGACACAAACCGCCUCUCGUUUAUCUUUUCAACCCCGUGUCUCGACCCGCGCCAACCCCGGACCUACUGCCCGCUCUUUUUUGGCGUCCCGGCCUACCCGGGACAACGUUCGUUCUUUUGAGUCGUCACGCCUUGGCUCUCGACUCCCAGUCAGAUCCCCAAGUCCAACUCAACCACCUUCUUUUGAACGACCAACUCAACUUCCUUCUUUUCGGCGUCACGCCAUCGUUGAGGAAAGGCGUGUGGCGCGACAGAACCGGCCUAGACCUUGGGCUACUGAGAGGUCUACUCAGCCAUCCCGGUUGCACCUGUCGUCCCGCAACCCUGCCCCCUCGACAAACCCGACAAUCCCUACCAACAAGAAGUUGACCGCGCGAGUCGGCAACGUUCGAGCCAAGCCCGAGACUUCGGUCAACGGCGGACGCAAGAACAAGCCAGUGAAACGCGUUCACUUUGGGGAGACUACCGUCAUCCCAGUCACUCGUUGGAUUGAUCAGGUUCUCGACGUCCAUGCCUUCCCUGGAUCCAGGAGCAUGGAGAUCUUACAACAGGCGAAAGAAGAUGCCCUUGCCGCCCAGGAGAAAUACCUGGCCGCCAAACGCGCUGCCGGCCGCACAACCCGGCAAGUCGACAACGCUCGAGCUAAGCCCUCGGCUCCGGCCAAGAGUGAACGCAAGAGCAAGCCGACAAAAUCCGUUCGUUUUGGAGAGACUACCGUUGUCUCAGUCCCUCGUUGGAUCGAUCGCCGUAAGAACGUCUAUCCCGCCCCCAUUGCCGCCAUGGGAACCCUUCAGGGUUGGUCAGUCACUCCUUUGACGAAGCCCGAUGAGGAUGGUGAAGAGGAGAAGUAUACCACGUACUGGGGUUCCGAUUCGUACGUUGGUAUCUCCGAUCACAUCUCUCAACCCUGCCACCGACAAUCUUGUGCUUGGAACGCCCUGGCUCGCCUCCAGGCUAGGCACCCCGACUGGACCCCUCCGGAGGUCUUCAGGUGUUGGCUUCACAAGAGAGAGUCUAUCCGGAAGAAGGGUGUGUUUAUGCUUUGA